AUGAAGCUGUCCAGCGCCAUCCCUUGGGCCUUGCUGCUCAGCACAGCCACAGUGGAUUCAUUAGACUGGCUCCCCCGGAAUACUAACUGUGGGAGAAUCCUCAAAGAAGAGUCUGGAGUGAUCGCCACCUAUUACGGACCGGAAACUAACUGUGUCUGGACUAUCCAGAUGCCACAAGAGUACCAAGUUAGGGUGACUAUCCAGAACCUCCACCUCAAUUGUGAUAAAGAGUCCCUGGAGAUUAUAGAUGGGCUGCCAGGAUCUUCUGUCUUAGGGAAGAUUUGUGAAGGUUCACUCCUGGACUAUAGAUCUACUGCCAAUAUCAUGACUGUCAAGUACAUCAGAAAGCCUGACCACCCAACUUCUUCCUAUGAAGUGUUAUACUUUCAGGAUCCACAAGAUCUUGCAGUUGUGAAGAUCUGA